GUGGGUUGCAGUUCUCAAGGCCUUGUUUUUCGGUGGAGGUCUUGUGUGUUAAUAUUUUAGGUUACACGAGCAAUGAUUAUAUCUUCCGGCUCGCUACUUGUUCUAGGCACGAAAAUAAAAUCGAUUCGACGUGACGAAGAGAACAAAAGAGCAUCAACAUCGGUCAGAAAUGUUCUUGAGCAACCUUUGGCAUUAAUACUGUACCCGAAUCCGAAAAAGUUCGUUCCGAACGGUUCGUGAAGAUCUGAAGAUGCAGCUCAGAGUCAGGCACAACAGAAAUAUAUAAAACCAAGAAAAUAUAAAAGUGAUCCGCUGGUGGAAUCACGUACAAGAUCGAAGCUUUCGGUACGAGCAACAAGAAGAUGAUUUAUUUCUAUCAUGAAGAUUUGUCGCCCUUCGAUAACGGCCUAGCGGUCAAGGGCGCACGGAACACACAUCCGAAGAACAAGAUGAAGAAAUCGGUGCGAAAUUUCUGCCCCAUGAUCAGCGAUCAGGAUAAAAAUGAUAUUGAUUUCGCAUUCAUGAGUGAGUCGCCAGAAGUAGAUAUCAUGUCUCAAAAAGAGAAAUGGCCACUCCCGCUAGCCCUAGCACAUCAUCACCAUACGAAUCUUCGCGCACCACCAGGUCUCUGAUUAUCAUUAGAAGUGGUUCUCGUUCUUCACCGACACCGCCUAAAAGUAAUCAAGUCUUGAGCUACGCUCAUCAGGUAGAAACCAAUUUUCUCGCGAUUUAAGCACCCCCGCUAUUUAUAUUUUACUACAUCAGUCCUCGCCUUCCUUGGGUGGAAAACAGCGACAGCAUUGCAAGCAAAGAUCUGCUAACUCAGUAUUCCCCCGAAAUAAUCUUGUAGGUUGAAGUUGUACGAACGACUUCUCUACUUACUUUCUCAGUUGUAACUAAGCAAGAGCGAUUUACUGUCGCACUAGUACGCGGCACGAGCUCAGAUCUAACAGAGUCAUCUUUAAUCAAUCUUGUUUUGAUUCAGUAUUUAUUAUUGUUGUCUGAUUCUGAUUGUGAUUGUCGCACUCCCUCGCAGCUCCUACAGCUAUAAUACCAGUAGACGCUUUACUCAUCACAGUGCUCUCACUCAAAUCCUUGUCAGAAGGCUUCCAUCUACAACUUCUGUGCGCUUUAUUCUAUAUAAUUGCAUUGCUCCUGAUUUUUAUUUACUUCAUCAAUCGGCACAGAAACCGCAGAUAAAAUGGAGAUCUUGAGUCCGUCUCCGUUGUGGAGGUGUGGUGGUCGGGUGUCCUGCCAUAAACCACCUCGCGCUCGUCAAAUGACGGCGCUGGUUAUUUUUGCGGUCGCGUCCUCUUUGUCCUUCCUCUGUCCUGUUGCGUCCGCAUUACGGCUGCAGGUCCGUUCGUCGUUUGGAAAUGGAGGAGGUCGUCGUCCUCGUGAAACACCCUUUUUGGAAGUAGAAGGUUCUGCGAACAAUCCAGCACAAGGAACGCCGGGACGCGGAAACACGGCCUCGAAUGGGCCACAGGCGAAUCCUCCAGCUGAGGACAAGAAGGAAAUUCAGCGUAUUUAUCCUGAGUAAAAACGUCCCCACCCCAGAGUUGUCAUGCAGAUUUGCCAUGAUAGAAACAUUUGUGAUGCGCAACCCCAUGACAGGCAUUUUCAAUCGUGUUCGGGAACUUGUAAUGCUGUAAAACAGGAUCAGCAGAUCGAUUUGUGAUGCGGCUUUCCUUGCUCACUUGCACUACCUUACGGACUGCAACUUGUCAUGCAUGACUCGCAAAACUCCGAGGUUUGUGUUGCAAAAUCCCCAUCUUGACUCUGGGGUGGGUACGUUUUUACUCAGGAUAGUAUUCUAUGCGAGGAAUAUUAUUUUCAUCAUGGAGAAGCUCCGGAUCCGGCACACAUGCUGCCGCCACCGCUUGCCGCGCGCGGUGGCACGACCACGACGCGGGUAGCCGCCAAGCCGUGGCCGUUUAAACUAAAAUCGAGGCGGUUUAGAGAUUUUUUUCCGGAGCAUCUAUUGAGCCAAGUAUGCCAGUACGCAAUGGACCGAGCAACUGGCUUAGGUAGCAACCGCCCCGAGGACGUGAUCAUCAGGCGUGCUGAUUACAGCGCCGACACUCUUUCUGUUUAG